UUUAAAUUUUCUCACUAAAGCAACUGUAAAAACUGAAAUGUUCAUAUCCUGUUUUUUGUCUUUACCUUCUAAACACAGUCUAUAAUUGCAACAUCUGAUUGGCUGACUUGCUAGGCCAGAGAGGGCCAAUCGUAGGGUUGGAAGCAGCAUGUAUUCGGCCUUAUGGGAUGCACCUUUUUUGUUUUUAAUUAUCAAGGUUGGGUUUAAAUUGUGGCCAGGUUCUCAACGGUGGCCCAGUUGGUGUACAGGGGUGUGUUGAGACUGUAGUACACGAGGGGUUUGACUCACCUUCCUCUUCCAGUCGGUCAGCUGUAGAGCUGAACUUCAACUUCACAUCAUCACAUCCUAACACAGGAAUCAGGAAGGUUAAGAAUGGCUUGUUUGAGAGGAUCUUCCGUCUUGCAUGUGUUGCUGCUAGCAACAUUAUUAUUACCAGAUUUUCUCUUGGCUGGCCCUGUGACCCGACGUUUAAAAGGAGACAAUGGAAGUGAUGAAAAGGCAGGCGUUGAAGCAGCUCCAAAACUAAUCCGCAACAGGAGAAACAUCAGUUGGUACAAGCAGCACUCUGACUUCUGGAGCUGGUACAAAUACUUCACUGACAAUGGGAACCAAGAGGGAGUUGCAGAGCUGGAUCGCGUCUAUCUUGCAUACUUGCAGAACAAGAAUGGGGCUGAGGCACGUCGUUCCCACAAGCUGUACCUGCAGCACCUAAGCGACAUCUACAAAUCUUGUGCCGAGUCUGAUGACCCAAACUGUGUGGCCUCGUACACCAACAGACCCAAACCCAAAGCUGAAGCACCAGUGCCUGGCCCAGUCAAGUCUUGUGAUCCUUACAGAGACCCAUACUGCUUGUACUCGAAGGGAUACUCAUAUUACCCAUACAUGACUCCGGCCCCAGCUGCUGUCAAAGCCCCUGCACCUGCCCCAGCCUACAUCCACACCCCUGUGGUGAAAGAUCCACGUUCUGGUUACUACUACCACUCUCCGUUGGUGCAACCCUUCCUGUCAGCUGAGCAAAGGGCUGAGCUGUUGCGCAUCUGUGACGCAGAGGAUGUCGAGUGUCUUCAGUACCACCUCCGUGCUGCUUACGGAUACAAGCCUGCUGUUGCCCCGGCCCCAUCCUACGCCCAUCUCGGCUGUGACCCUAAGACCGAUCCUCACUGCAACCCCCAUCUGGUCCAGAAGGCGCCAUCUGGUCUGUACCUGCGUUAUCCCCAUUGUGACCCUCGAGUUGACCCAUAUUGUGCUUAUGCUGCUGCUCUGGCAUCCUCACAAAAUCUUGAAGCCCCAUCUUCUGGCUUGGAGAGACCUUGCAACCCUCUCUACAAUGAUAACUGCAACCCUCUGACAGCCACAAGGUUCGGCAGCUUGGCUCCUGAAGAUCUGAAGGACGAGCCCGCCUCUGCAGUCAGUGCCAUGCGGGCACCUCCGAGCCCUCAUCAAGACCCUUAUGCCAUGUACCGAGAUGCAUCUGCUGGGGCUGACCUGCGAAGACACCUGCCUACACAACUCCAGCCUCCAAGGCAACUGGAGGAACCUCAACAUCCUUUGGGACCCCGCGGGAAGACCAAGGAGGGAUAUGACUGUUUCAUCGGGUAUGAUGAAGAGUGCUUCCCACUGGGUUCCCAAAACGAGCACCGUCCUGCUGUGCACAGGCAGCCGUCUUACCCAAUUGAAGCCUAUGAGCCCCACCUGAAUGCUGAUGGAUCCAGAAAUGGAGUAAUCGAACCUGAUCCUGACUGCGACCCGGAGUAUGACAGAAACUGCCGUUUGCGCCGCUACGAACCUGAGUUGGCUGAACCCGCCAGCCCAUCACCUCAAGAGGAGCCAGCCCAGGAGGAAUCCCACCAUGAGGAGGUCCCUCAGCAUAGAGAAGAGUUCUACCCUGAGGCCCCAGGCUACAACCAGCAGCAAUACGAGCCCUACGUGAGCGGACAAGAGGAUCCAUAUGCCGGAUUCGGCCCCCAGGAACCAGGAGCGACUAGUUUUCAGGAUGUCCUGAGAGGAUACGGUGGUCGGUAUCCUGGCCAGGAUGACCACCAUGCUUACAAUGGAGACUACAGAAAUAAAUAAAUACCUGUGACAAUGUAUGCCAAGAAUAGUAGGUCAGGACAGAAGUUUUUUUAUUUUGUAGAUAAAUAUUAAAGGCACACUUGUAGAAAAGGUGUACACAUCAGUUUCACAUGAUUUGACUUGGUUCGCUCAAAAUAUUUUUCGAGAGCUGCUGAAAUUUCCUAGCUCUGGAGUUUGACAGCACUUGUAUAGGAAAAAAAUAUUAGAUUCUUAUGAUUUCUUUCUGAUUCUUUUAACCCAUGUAAUCUGAUUGUGUGUUGCAGCAUCUCUAGGAGAGAUAUUCUACUAGAGGAGCACUUGAAAUAGCUCUUCGUAUCAUUUGUGGAGGGAAAAUUAAACAGAACAAAGUAUGUAAAAGGUGAAUAGUGUACUUGAAUAUACUGUAACCUCUCCCAUUUUGGCUUUUUCUUUGUAAGUUCACCCAACAGUUUCCCUUCAAAUUUAUAUUUAAUGAUCU